AUGUCCAAAAUGACCAACAACCUAACGCCCGUCUACUUCUUCAGCCAUGGAUCCACCAUGAUGCUUGGCGAGGAAUCUGAGUCGGCCGACUACUGGAAGAAGGCGGGCGACGAUGCUCUAGCCAAGGGCAUCAAGGGUGUCGUUAUGAUGGGCGCUCACUGGGAUGCGAUCGGGGAUAGGCGCAUCGACGUCGCCACCAACCCAAACCCAGGCAAGUCGCCAGUCGCCUACGUCCACCCGAGCAAGUACGUCGACUACAAGCUCAACCCGGACUUGGUCGGCUCCGAAAAGGCCAUCUCCCUGCUGAAAGAGGCUGGCUUCGACGCGCGCCCGAAUCCAGAGUUUGAUUGGAUCCACGACACUUACCUGAUCCUGAUCCGGAUGUUCCCCAACGGCUGUCCGCCGACGACUCUGGUUUCCAUGAACGGCCGCUACGACCCGCACGAGCACCUUGCCGUGGGCGCUGCGCUCCGCCCGCUCCGCGCACAGGGUUACCUCAUCAUCGGGUCCGGCGGUGCCGUCCACAACCUCUACAGGAACCACUGGAUGCCCAUGAUCCGCUUCAGCGACAACUUUGCCCAGGAGCGGCCGCCGGAGCCUUGGGCGCUCGAGUUCCGCCAGGCCGUCGAGGACGUGCUCAGGAACAACAGCGGGCCCGCGCUGCGCCGCGCCGCCGCCCGUCUCAUGAAGCACCCCCAGUUCAGAGACGCGCACGCCACCGACGAUCACUUUAUGCCCUUGCUUUUCGCGGCGGGUGCGGUGGGCGACGAGGAGGAUGAAGGGGCCAAUGGGCGACUGAUGGCGGAGACAUGGGAGUUGACCAAUAUGUGUAAUAGUCAGUUCAUGUUUGGGCAUUGGCCCGAGGCUAUCAAGGCGUAA